CCUCCCUUCCUGUAGCUGUUUAGUUUCGUUUAUUAUAAACUAGCGAGUGCCCCUCAGUUUACAACACGGAAAGGAGUAGGACAAUGUAUGACUACGAUCCUGUGAGGUUCGGACUCAGCCCCCGGGAGAGAGAGGGGAUCAUAGAGUUGCUGGGAUUAAUGGAUCCUAUUGAACUGAAUAAACUAGCAAGAACUAUCUCCGGGUCUAAGAGAGUGCGCAGGGGGACAGGUAAGGCGCCAUCGGCACUGACUGGAUUAGACACAGGUAAACAUAGAACGCGGGAAAUUGGAAAGGGAUCAUCAGAGGUUCCAAUGCUACAUUGUAUCAGCACCCCCCGCAUGGUUACAGCGCGGACUCAAUGUAGUAUACUAUCUCUGGAGCUCUGCCUCCAGCUUUAGGUAAUUCAAACAGGGCUGACAUACUGGGUGAAAGUGAGAGAACGGCAGAGUAAGUGUGAGGGGUGAAAGUGAGAGAAUGGCAGAGUGAGAGUGAGGGGAGGAAAGUGAGAGAGUGAGAGAAUGGCAGAGUGAGAGUGAGGGGAGGAAAGUGAGAGAACGGCAGAGUAAGUGUGAGGGGUGAAAGUGAGAGAGUGAGAGAAUGGCAGAGUGAGAGUGAGGGGAGGAAAGGGAGAGGAAGUGAUUGGGCCGAAUCUAUGCCCUGAUGCAGUUAUAUGUGUCUCUUCUCCAGGAAAUCAAUUGGUAAACCUGAUGUUUUGCUACAAAUGCAAUGGAAGACAUUUUAUAUGGUCAUCGAAUAUUUUGUGGUUAUGUAAUUAUGCCCCUACCUAUGCACACUGGCACACAAGCACAUAUAGGUAGUAUAACCUUUAUCUUAAUAAAGUAGUUAUUAUGGAUGUAUUAGCUCAGGCAAUUGUUUCUGCUGGAGUACAUGUCAAUACAUUCUAGAAACAAGGUAAGUUUGUGUUGUUUGUGGUUUGAAAUAUGAACCUACCUAUGUUUGAUCUGUAGGAUUUGUCUUUUUUUUUUCCUUUUCCAAUAUCAAUAUAAUAGUUGUUAAAUAAUAAAAAAUGUUAAUCUGAUAUGUUACAAUUACACACAGACACACACACACACACACAUUAUUAUAAUUUUUUUCAAAAUAUAUAUAUUAUUAUCUUAUAAUAUACAAAAAACGAUUUUGGGCUCAAUUCUAUGUCUUUUCAUGUGCAGUAAACAGUCAUCUUACUAUUCUGUUGUUUUCAGAAAAAUGGUUUGUCAAAUGCAAUAAAUAUCUCUUGCCCGCAUUUUAUUGCAUCUGUUUUUUUAUCAUAGGAACCUAUUAGGAGUACAGUAAAUUGUGCCACCUAAAUGCUGAUUAUUUUAAGGGUGGAAGAAGCGAGGAAGAGCGAGGAAGAAGAUUUAUCAUCUGCUCUUCAAUAGAUACAUCUAUCUGUAAAUUUGCAACAGACAAAUUUCAAAAAUACUAAAAAAAUCCAGCGCCAGUGCCAAAUUCUACCUGCAGCCUGUCCCACCUUUCAUGGUGUCUAACUGCAGGGCAGAGCAAGACUACCAAUUAAGGGACCAAAGCAGGUGCCUAGGGAGGGCUCUGGCUUAGACAGUGGGCCAUCCUGCCCUUUUCAAGCCAGCAGGGAGAUCAAAUCAUUGAAGAAGCAUUGUGGUAUAACAAUAUUCGCUUCAGAUCACUUUAAGAGCACCCCUUGCAGUACCCCCAGCACUUCUUGAUGACUCUGAAAGUGACAGCCAGUACUUGGAGUAACCUUUCAGCUAUAUACGUUCUCACUAGUUUAUGUUGACUCCAUGCUUUAUGGGACUGAACUGGUUUCCAAGGGUCAGUUUUUCACAUUCUGGUUCUGUUUACUCAGUAUAUUAGUUCAAUACAUUUUGAUGCCUUCUGUGUGGUGUAUAAUUAAUUUCUUCUGUUUCUUUUUUUUUUUGUAGCUAUUGAUUUAAUACUAAAGAGGACCAGAAAUGCAGAGCAGCUUUUGAAGAGGAAAAAAGUUUCCCAUGAAGUUAUUUUUCAGUAUCUUCGGGGGAAAAAUGUUCGUGUGCCAGACACUUAUAAAAAGCCUGAUUUGAUCAACAAUGUACUUAAGCUGUGGGGGAUUCAAGUGAGUAAUAUUAUUCCAACUGAAUUUCUAAAUAAAAAUAUAUUUUAUGUACUGAUUAUAUCAAUGGCAGGCAAACUUAGGGGCUCGGUGGUUUUCCAACAGCACUAUAAUAUUAUACUUAUUUAGGCAAUUUAAAAAUGUAUCUUGAUUACCUGCAUUGGAAUAACCACUUCACAGACAACCAUUUUUUAUUCUACUGUAUUACUGUUUUUCUAUUUUAGAUAAGCUAGUGUGUCUAGGAACAGAUAGCUGUUAGUUUGGAUUUAGAUAGGUGCCCACGAAGACACAAGCUGAGGACUAUGCAGUCAAGUACUUAUAAUACUUCAGAAUCUACUUUUUUUUCUAUGCAUUUUUAAGCUACUUUUCAUAGUCUGUUUACUAACUAUCCUAUAUUGUUCUCGUAGACUAUUUGCAGCCCUUGUUGGUUAGGGUUUCAUCAGAAAGGGAUCUUUUACACCUAACGACUAGGAAUUUGGCUAUCACUCUAUUUACUGGGUCUCUGUCGUUUUAUUACAAAGUUACGAUGCCAUCAGUGUUACAAUCAGUCAGCUUAAUUAACCCCUUAGUGAUCAGGCAGUUUUUCAAUUUUCUUACUGUUAAUGAUCAGGGCUGUUUUUACAUUUCUGCGUUUUCUUUUUGUGUUUAGCUGUAAAUUUCCUCUUACUCAUUUACUGUACCCACACAUAUUAUAUAUUGUUUUUCUCACCAUUAAAUCGUCUUUUUAAAGAUACCAUUAUUUGCAUCAUAUCAUAUAAUUUACUAUAUAACAGAAUUAUAAAAUAUUAUGAAAAAAAAAAAAAUCCCAUGGGGAGACAAAAUUAUAUUUACAUAAGCCAGGUGCAAACCAUAUAAACACUCCCUCAAGUGUUUAAAUAUCAAAAUCCAUACAUAAUAUAGAAUGCACACUACAACAACUUAAUCGUAAAGUACAAUAAGACUUUAUUCAAUAGAAGAAUUACAAUAUCCAACACAAACCAAUAAUACACAAAGUAUAUUAUGUUGAAUAAUUGUAUAUAUACAUUAGAUAUUAUAUGUGUUCCUUUAUAUACUUACUGUGUAUAUUGUACCAGUACCUGAAGUGAUGACAUCACUUCCUGGGGUGGGGACAAUUUCGUGCUGAUGGCCAUCAGCUGUACGGGGGAUUUAUAAGCAGACACAUGUGAAGAUUGAUACAGGUGCCCUUGAUAAAGGCAACCAGUUGGUGCCGAAACGUUGGGGGAGUUAGUGACUUGUGUUUCUACCUUGGGCCUUGAAAGAUUUUUUUAGUAUAGUACUUUUGUAUUACUGUUUGCUUCUUUUUCUGUUCUUUUGUCUGUUAUUGGUUUGUGUUGGAUGUAGUAAUUCUUCUAUUGAAUAAAGUCUUAUUGUACUUUACGAUUAAGUUUUUGUAGUGUACAUUUUAUAUCAUGUAUGAAAAAAUGUAAAAAACACACUUUUCCUAACUUUGACCCCCAAAAUCUGCUAUGCAUCUAUAACUGCCAAAAAACACCCAUGCUAAAUAGUUUCCAAAUUUUGUCCUGAGUUUAGAAAUACCCAAUGUUAACAUGUUCUUAGCUCUUUUUUUUUUUGCAAGUUAUAGGGCUAUAAGUACAAGUAGGACACUGUUGUUUCAAUAUAUAUAUUUUUAAAAUGUAUCAAUAGUGACAUUGUAACACUGUUAUCUGUCAUAAAUCUCUGAAUCACACCUCACAUGUACAUAUUUUUUUAAAGUAGACAACCCAGCGUAUUCAAUAUGGGGUAUGUCCAAUUUUUUGUUAGUAGUCACAAACACUGGCCAAAGUUAGCAUUUACAUUUGUUUGUGUGUUAAAAAUGCAAAAAACAAUUAUGAAUGCUAACUUUGGCCAGUGUUUGUGACUAAUUAUCUACUAAAAAAGACUGAACAUACACCAUUUGCAAUACCUUGGGUGGUCUUCUUUUGCAAAUGGUAUGCCAUCAUGGAGGUAAUUCUCAUUCCUGGGCUUCCAUACGCUCUCAAAGGCAACAUAACAAUCUGGCAAAUUUCAAUGUGAAAAAAUGGGAAAUCAAGCCUUAUAUUUGACCCUAUAACUUUCAGAAACACUAUAAAACCUGUACAUGGGGGAUACUGUUAUACUUGCGAGACUUCGCGGAACACAAAUAUUAGUGUUUCAGAACAGUAAAAUGUAUCACAACAAUGAUAUCAUCAGUAAAAGUGGCCUUUUGGGUAUGGAAAAUCCAAAAACUGUCACUUUUACUGACAAUAUCAUCGCUGUGAUAUGUUUUACUGAUUUCAAGCCAACCAAUCAGAGUACUCUGUGUCAUUUUACACAGCGUGGGAAAAUUCCAAAGAACUUUCCCACGCUGUGUAAAAUGACUGGCACUCUGGUUUAAUUCCAAGUCAACCAAUCAGAGUGUUCUGAGUCAAACUGCAGGGCGUAGGAAGGCUUUAUAAGCCUUACCCCGCCCUGCGGAGCUCAGUUUACGCCGUGCCCUCGCCAUGUGAAGAUGGAUAAAAAUUUUAGCGUCGUGUUUUUGUCUUUUUCAUUGGAUUUUUUUUUUGCGCUCUUCGACAGGUAUUAUGGUUUUUAUUUGGUCUUUUUGGGGGCUGAGAAAUGAAGAUUUUAGAAAAAAGAAGACAUCAAAUGGUAAGUUAAUUUUUUUUUUUUUUUACAGGCACUUAGUUCUUUUAUUCCCCCCUCACUAUUUUUAGGGUGAAGGGGGUAGGUAGCGGUCUAAUAACUUUUGUUUUGGGUGGGGGAGUGACUGGGGGCUUGGGGACCCCUGGUCACCUUGGGGGGGGGGGACAAUUUCAUUUAUGGCCCCCACCCGCCACUCGGGUGUGGGGGAGGACAAUAGGUCCCCCCCUUAUUGUUAUUUAUGGCCCCCACCUGCCAUGCAGGUCAAACUCCUACAACUUGAGGAGAAAGAAAAAGAAAAUAGCUCCAAUACAUAUACAAAUCAUAUUUUUUUCCCCCUUUUUCCAUUUUCCUCCCUUUUUUUUCCUUAUCACUUAUUACUUUUAUGUCUUUACAUUCACUUUAGAAUAUGUGGUAAAACACGACACUCAAUACCUAUGUAUGUGAAAAAAUUCUAUCAAAUAAAUUGCAGGUACUAAUAGUGUGCAUUUAAGCACCUAUACAAGCUAAACAAUAAUCUUAUGUUAGUGAAGCCACAAUAUCUUAUAGUUUACUGACAAUCUAUUUUGCGUAAAUGGAGUGUUAAAUCUUAAGAAUCUAAAAACACCCUUUUCUUUAAUGCGUGACUAUUAUAGAUGAUUGUGUUAAAAUUACUCAUUUUUAUACUGAUUAACCUCACCCCUCACAAAAAAAAAAUUAAAAUUUUUCCUUCUCUUUUUCUUUUCUUUUCUCUCCUUCUAUCUCUCAUCCCUCAUUCAUGCAAGAUCAUUAGACAAAAGCCAAUGUUGUAAACUUUUCGGGUCUUUGAACAGUUCUGUUUUUUCUUUAAAGAAGAUUCUUAUUCCAAUUGGGAAUGUCCAUGCAUAUUUUAUAUUAUUAUUCCAUAAUUUAGAAGUAUGAACCAUAAAAGGCUUUUUGGCAUUCCUGGUGGCGAGGGAUAUGUUGUUGAAAAUUUUUAAAUCUUCAAAUUUAGAGUCCUUUAAAGACUUUGUUUUUAAUGCUGUGAUGAUUUUAGCCUUAAAUGAAAAGGAGUGCAGACUCGCGCUCACUUCUCUUGGUAAGUGAGCCGGUAGGCCACUAAAUUCUGGUAUCCUAUGAACUAUCUCGAUGAUAAAUGGGAUGUUAUCCAAUUGUAAACCCAACAUUUUUAAAAAAUCUUACAGAUAUCGCUCUAAAUGCUGUUGUGAUAAAUUUUCUGGUAUUCCCCAUAUCCUGAUAUUAUUUCUACGUGCUUUGUCCUCGUUGACCACAGAUUUCAAUUCCAGUUGAUCAAUUCUUCGUUCCAGUAUCUUUAUUUUUUCUUCCAUUAAGUUGUUUUGUACGAUUGAGUAUUCAAGUUUUUCUUCCAGAGAUGAGAGUUUAGUAUUUAAUUUAGAUAUUUCCUCUUUGAAAGUUAAGGAGACAACUUGGAUUUCAUUUUUUACUUUUUCCAUUUGUACUUCGAAGCAAUUAUUUAAUACUUCUCUGUCAAUGCUUAGUGAUUCACUAAACGAACAAUCUGGAAUUUGUUUGACAUUGCAUUUGUCUGUUUGAUUCAGACUGUUUGAAUCUUCAUCUCCAUAUUUCGUUGGUUCAAGUUGACUCAAUCUUCUUAGUGAGUUAUCUCUGUCUUAUGACAAGAAAAAAAUUAGAAAGGCUUUAUCGACCUUUAAUUCGAUUUUUUGUUCCAUUGUUAUUUUUCUCUGUCUUUCUUGCUCCCUUGCUUAACAUCAUUUUUUUUAGUUGCUGUUUUGUUUGGGAGACACAAAGAGGAAAACAAUAAAACAAAUAAAUAAAUAUAUGAAUAAAUAAGAGAAAAAUAAAAUAGGAAAGAGGAAUCAGAAAUCAAAAAAUGGUUUGUUCUCCUCUAUAAGGCCGUUUUCAAUUUGUAUAUCACCCCCUGAUUCUUAAAGGGUCCAAUUGCUUGAUCCACCUAUAUGGACUUGUUUUAACUUAAGCUUGUCUACAAUGAGUGGUGGAAUUAACAGUUACCACGCCAAUUAGACUUAAGCUUCUCUUUGUACAAGGCAGGGUUCACCUUGAGUUUCCUGAGUUAAUUAGGAACCACAGAGUCUCCUUAAAUCGUCAGCCAGUUGCCAAUUUUACCUCAAAAUGAUUAAAUUACAGCAGAAUUAACUAAAAUCUGGACUUCAAUUAAGUCAUCAUGGAUAACAGCACCCUCACCACUUCGCACAAGUGUCACGGGUAGCGGUACAGAGAACGGAACCCCUCAGUGCCUGAAGAGGAUGAUUGGAGUCUCGGCAAGGAAAGGACUAUCAGGUCCUGGUGCAGGGUAACCACACGUCCCCUGGUGUUGAGCACCAGUUUGUGCGGCCACAUACCAGGGCCCUGAUGCAGUUUCUGCGGAUUCUAAGGGCUAGGUGAAAAUAUGCAGGUCUCCCAGAAUAUUGAUAGGGAGGCUCUGCAGCAGAUAUGUAUCCAGUACAGAAACAAGUCAAGACUAGAACAGGCAUCUAACAAGAAAACAAGACAAGACUAGAAGACCCAGAACCGGAGCAGGACAGAAAGCAGAACCCAGAACAUGUACACAAUAAUGAGCGCCACAUUAACAGGGCAAGGCAGGACUGUACAUGAACUGGGAAGACAAAAUUAAACAAGACAAGAGAUAGAAGGCAAGAAAGAGGAGACAUAACUAAGUACUAUAUAUGUAAAACAUUGGAGAUUUAGACACACAAGAUGUAUGCAGUCCACCACUGCGCCACAGUACUCCAAUUAUGGUGGGACCUAACUGCCUAGAUAUGCAUGACUAAAUAAACAAUAAAGCACACACAGUACUUACCUGCAAAGAAAGGAGCAGAGGUAAUGAGACUGCUUGCAGGACCAGACUGAAAAAAAAAGGAUUAAUUUCAAAGCAAUGGGUGUGGCAACAAAAACCAAAGACUUAACCCCUUAGUGACCAUGGACGUAUUAGGUACGCCCGACAAAAAAACGGUCCUUAAGGUCGCGGACGUACCUGAUACUUCCUGGGGUAAUUAGAGCUCUGUAAGCAAUCAUGAUUGCUUCCAGCAGCUCUAAUGGUAUUACAGCGAUGCCUCAAUGUUGUAAUGUUUGUAAUAAAAUAAAAAAAUACUUACACUCCAUCCCUCUCCCUCCCCAUGUACUUACCGAUCGCCGCGUUCCACUGCUGGCGAUCGGUCUUCUUCUUUGGGAGGACUCUCUGGACUGAGCCCAGAGAGUGCCCCCUUGGCAAUUUAGGACCCCCUAAGAGAGCGGUCACAUGGCCCCCAUAGGUGUUCUAACUGACAGGCAGUCCCCCUGCUGGUGAAAAAAGUUAAAAUAAAGUUAAAUAAAUAAAUAAAAGGUAAUAAAAAUAAAUAAAUAUAUAUAUGUAUAUAUGCGAUAUAUAUAUAUAUAUAUAUAUAUAUUCCUCUAUUAUAUCUAUAUAUGUAUUUUUUUAUUAAUAUAUACAAAUAUUAAUAUAAAAAUACACUUAGAGUAAAAUUGCACGCAUAUAUAUAUAACAUAUAUAAUAACUAUAUAUAUAUAUGUAAUUUUAUUCUAACUGUAGUUUGAUAUUAAUAUAUAUCAAUUUAUAUAUUUAUAUCAAAAUACACUUAAAAUUUAAUUAUAUAUAUAUCUAUGUCUUUAAUGACCGUGGACGUACGUCCGACAAAAAAAAGGUUGUUAAGGACUGCAGCAAAUAGGAGCCCUGGACUUACCUGGACCAGCGAUCCAUGGCAAUCACGGUCAGGGGGGACUGCCAGAGACCCCAGCAGUCCCCCUGCAGCAGCUUCGGCCACCCCGGCCCUCCAGGGCCAUGUGAUCACCCCGAUCACAUGGCCGCUAUAGGAGUUGCCAGCAGGAGGACUGUCUGAGCUAUCAGACAAAAAAAAAAUAAAAAUAUAUAUAUAUAUAGUAUACAUAUAUAUAUGUAUAAUAUAGUAUAAAAUAUUUAAACCAUUUUAUAAUAUAUUAUACAUAUAUAAUGCAUAUAUAUGAUUUCAUUAUAAGUGUACUUUGAGAUAUAUACACAUAUAUCUCAAAAUACACUUGUAAUUAAAUCAUAUAUAUGUAUAAUAUAUUAUAAAAUGUUUCAAUUAUAAUAUAUUAUACAUAUAUAGGAAAUAAAAGUGUGUGUGUGAGUGUAAAUACAUACACACACACUUAUUAUAUACACGUAUUAUAUGUAUAUGUGUGUGUGUAUAUAUAUUUCCUGGACAUAUCCAUGGCAGCACAACAAUGGGUAGCUCCUCCCCAUCCUUGGGAAGCUCCAGGAGACGGCCCUGUGCAAAGGUGUCCCCCUGGAGAACCCCCCGGGGGAAGCUUGCAGUGACCCUAGGGGUAGCAAGCAUAAGGAGCCACUACCCUACUGACUGCAGUGACCCUAGGGGUAGCAGGUAUGGGCAAGGCAUAAACAGUAUGGAUAUACCCCCUUCUACCUUAAUUUUUCUGGUUAAUCCUGCCUUUUCUGAUUGGGAGGCAUUCCUCCUCUUGAUUCAGCAGUUCUCUGCCCAGUGUUUAUUCUCCCUUGUGGGGGACUACAGGGCUUCUCUGGUGAUCUAGGGUUCCAGAGCCCUACAUAUUCGGAUAGAGGAACAUAGCAGAAACAUUAUGAGAGGCGCAGAUAACCAUAGUGUACCUGCGCACUACAAACAAUUCCAUAACCAGUCCCCUUUAGGUUCAUUAUUUUUAGGUAUUAAAAAAGUCUCAAAAGACUGGAGAGGAGGUAAUUUUAACCAGAAACUUAGUAGGGAGGAAAUGCGAAUGAUUUUUGAAUUUAAUACUCUUACCCCCUACGGCCUCAACACGGACUUUGAAAUUUGCCAUUUUUUGGAAGGAUAGUUGAGUUUGCUCUAAUACUAAUUUUUAUAAAUAUUUUAUAAAUAUUUAUUUCAUUCAGUAAGAAAGAAAAUGAUAUAAUUUUUUAGCUCCAUUAUCUUACCCUUUAUGGUUUUAAUACGCAUUUUUAAUUAAUGAUUUUUCAGGAAGAAAGCUUAGUGUGCAAUAAUAUAUAUUCUUCUUGGAAGGAUAGUUAGGUAUGCUCUAAUACCUAUUUUUAUAAACAUUCAAAAGAGUAUAAUUUUCGAGUUCCAUAAUCUGAUUUUUAUGGUUUUAAUACGUAUUUUUAAAUUAACGAUUUUUUUAGGAGAAAUCCCAGUGUGCAAUAAUAUAUAAUCUUUUUUUUAUUAGAUAUCCUGUUUUUUAUGAGAUAUUUUAUUUGUUUACCCUCCAUCCUUUAUAGAUAGUCUCUAUAUAUGCCGAUAAGAUUUAGUAUUUUAACACAGUAUAGAUUGUAAAAUGUGAUAGUGAUCCAUAAUGAGAAACAAUUUAGUUCAUUUGUGUCAUUUUAUGUAAUGAGUCUUUUGUAACUGUUGAAUUCCUCAUAUGUAACAUAUUUGAACAUAGAGGGAAUGUAAUCAGAAUUGUAAUAGUCCCCUCCGGACAAAAGUUGAAUGGGAGUAAAGAGGAGAUACCGUAUGAGACUCCUCGUUUGCAUAUUUUUACAGAUCUUACAUGAUAUAAGAUAUUUAUUUUACUCUUGUUUCCUCCCCUGUGAAGUAACAAUAGUUUAUUACUAUCCGUAUCCAUUCUUUUUUUGAUUUAUCGUUGGACUUGAUAUGAUGAAUGGGACCUGUACACGAUGCCUGAUCACAUGACCAAGACAGAUGACGUCAUAUGCGGAAGUGAUCUGAAAGAGAAAGGAGGUGUGGAACGCAAGUAUUGAUCGGGCGUUCACAGGAUAAGCGCGCCUUUUUUCAAACAACAGAAUAGAAGAGAGGACUAUAUAAGCAGGACAACUACACUUUGAGAAGAUACAUUGGACCCAGCUGAGGAAGCCGUCGGAGUUACGGUGAAACGCGUUCUGGGAAGAAGUGUAUGAUACCUUUAUGCCCAUUUGUUACUGUUUUAUUUAUUUCUAUAGUAUUUUAUACUUUUGUGUUCUAUAUUAUUAUAGAGGGUUUUUUAUACCCUUCUGAUGUAAUAAAAUUAUUUUUUACUUAUUAUAUGGGCUAAUUUGGUUCCUGCUUUGAAAAGUUCUACUGUUGAUUCAACGUGCAGAGACAGAGCCGAUAUAGAGGCUCCACUUUUGUGAGUAUAUAAUAUACCUGAAGUAGGAGUAUUCUACAUAGACGUGCUACACUAUAUAUCUGUUCUAUUUGAGUCCUAGAGGCGAUUAGAGAAGAUCACCUGGUUAGAAGAAGGGGAAGGUCGCCUGUACGGACCUACACAUGUUUAUCCCUGAGCUUGGCAUUAAGCUCAGGAGAAUGUGAGUUUAUUGCUAUAUUUCAUUCUUAUCAUAUCUAUAUUUACGGUGUUACACUAUUGGAGUUCUUUUUUGCUUGUUUUAGGUUGAUUGUAUAAAGUAUUGGAAUUGCUCUCAUCUGGACGCCUUGUCAGCCUAUUAGGUUAAACCUUAUUAUAUGUAUGUAUACAGCGCUACACCUAUCUCCUUUUCUGUUCCCCCUGUCCCUAUUUGCGGCAUUUUCGUCGCAUUUCUGUGAUCUGCAGAGGUUGGGAGACCUGUGGUCUCCUUGCUGGCUUGUUGUCUGUUUUUUUGCGCAUGCGCGAGCGCAUGCGCGAGCAGUACGUUCACGUCAUGCCGUUUUCGCAUAUGCGCGGAACGUCAAGGUUCCGAUGACAUCAUUCAGUAGUUUGGGCGCCAAUACUGAAGUUUACCUUUCCAACACAGUCCCUUGCUAACUUAAAGCAGUACAGUACGGUCUUUUUGAACCUUAUUUGUAAGCCUUAUAGUAUUUUAUGGGCUUAAUUUGUAUAGAUGAAUUCAUCUGAGAUCAUGGAUUCAGACUCAUCAGUUCAAAGUAAAAGGUCACUAGCUAAAUCUCAGGGGUAAGCCAUUUCCUAUAUUUUUUCUUCAAUUUUUCUUCUAAACUAAAGAGUGCUGGCUAAUAUUUUCCCUUAUUAUAGUAGUACUAAAGGGAAAAAGACAACUGGAACAUCCAAAGGAAAGUCUCCCGCAAGCAUGUGACAAGAGGGCCCUGGAGGGGAAGUACCUAUGCUCAGAUUGCCUACAGGCCGCAGAAUGUCCCGCAUCAUCCACCCCGGAUUUGAUGCAAAUUAUUCAGAAUGCUGUAUCCCAAGGCAUUAAAGAGGCUGGCAGAGCCCACAAAAGACAUAGAAACAGAAUGUGACUGCAGAUAAGAACCAUUCGACCUAUCUAGUCUGCCCAAUUUUCUAAAUACUUUUAUUAGUCACUAGCCUUAUCUUAUAGUUAGGAUAGCCUUAUGCCUAUCCCACGCAUGCUUAAACUCCUUUACUGUGUUAACCUCUACCACUUAAGCUGGAAUGCUAUUCUAUGCAUCCACUACCCUCUCAGUAAAGUAAUACUUCCUGAUAUUAUUUUUAAACCUUUGUCCCUCUAAUUUAAGACUAUGUCCUCUUGUUGUGGUAGUUUUUCUUCUUUUAAAUAUAGUCUCCUCCUUUACUGUGUUGAUUCCCUUUAUAUAUUUAAAUGUUUCUAUCAUAUCCCCCCUGUCUCGUCUUUCCUCCAAGCUAUACAUGUUAAGAUCCUUUAACUUUCCUGGUAAGUUUUAUCCCGCAAUCCAUGAACCAGUUUAGUAGCCCUUCUCUGAACCCUCUCUAAGGUAUCAAUAUCCUUAUGAAGAUACGGUCCCCAGUACUGUGUACAAUACUCCAAGUGAGGUCUCACCAGUGUUCUGUACAAUGGCAUGAGCACUUCCCUCUUUCUACUGCUAAUACCUCUCCCUAUACAACCAAGCAUUCUGCUAGCAUUUCCUGCUGCUCUAUUACAUUGUCUGCCUACCUUUAAGUCAUCAGAAAUAAUCACCCCUAAAUCCCUUUCCUCAUAUGUUGAGGUUAGGACUCUAUCAAAUAUUCUGUACUCUGCCCUUGGGUUUUUACGUCCAAGAUGCAUUAUCUUGCACUUAUCCACAUUAAAUGUCAGUUGCCACAAUUCUGACCAUUUUUCUAGUUUACCUAAAUCAUUUGUCAUUUGGCUUAUCCCUCCUGGAACAUCAACCCUGUUACAUAUCUUAGUAUCAUCAGCAAAAAGACAUACCUUACCAUCAAGACCUUCUGCAAUAUCACUAAUAAAAAUAUUAAAGAGAAUGGGUCCAAGUACAGAUCCCUGAGGUACCCCACUGGUGACAAGUCCAAGCUUUGAAUAUAUUCCAUUAACUACAACCCUCUGUUGCCUGUCACUCAGCCACUGCAUACCCAUUCAAGAAUAUUGAAAUCCAAACUUAAAGAUUGCAGUUAAUUGAUAAGCCUUCUAUGUGCAACAGUGUCAAAAGCCUUACUGAAAUCAAGGUAAGCAAUGUCUAAUGCACCACCCUGAUCUAUAAUUUUAGUUACCCUAUCAAAAAAAUCAAUAAAAUUAGUUUGGCAUGAUCUCCCUGAAGUAAACCCAUGUUGUCUCUGAUCUUGAAAUCCAUGUGUUUUUAGAUGUUCAUCCACCCUAUGCUUUAACAUGGUUUCCAUCACUUUCCCCACUACUGAAGUAAGGCUUACUGGUCUAUAGUUGCCCGACUCCUCCCUAUUACCUUUCUUGUAAAUGGGCACAACAUCCGCUAACUUCCAAUCUUCUGGGACUACUCCUGUUAACAAUGAUUGGUUAAAUAAAUCUGUUAAUGGUUUUGCUAGUACACCACUAAGCUCUUUUAAUAGCUUUGGGUGUAUUCCAUCAGGUCCCAUUGACUUAUUUGUCUUUACUUUUGACAGUUGAAAUAGAACCUCUUCCUCUGUAAACUCACGUGUAAUAAAUGACUCAUUUAUCCUUUUUCUCAACUGAGGUCCCUUUCCUUCAUUUUCAUCUGUAAAUAAAGAACAAAAAUAUUCAUUGAGGCAGUCAGCUAGACCUUUAUCCUCUUCUACAUACCUUCCUUCUUUUGUUUUUAAUCUAACUAAUCCUUGUUUUACUUUUCUUUUCUCAUUUAUGUAUCUAAAAAAUGUUUUAUCCCCUUUUUUUUUUACUGACUGUGCUAUUUUCUCUUCUGUGUGUGAUUUGGAAGCUCUUAUAACUUGCUUAGCCUCUUUCUGCCUAAUCUUAUCGAUCAUUUUUUCUUCCUCAUUCUGGUUUUUUUUAUAAUUCCUAAAUGCUAACUUUUUGUUUUUAACUAUUUUGGCCACAUCUGUGGAGUACCACAGUGGUUUCUUGAAUUUUUUGCUUUUACUGACAAGCCUAAUGCAAUUUUCUGUUGCCUUCAAUAGUGCAACUUUUAAAUAAUCCCAUUUCUCGUAGACUCCAUUUAAAUUGCUCCAGUCUGAUAAUGACUCUUCUCCCCAUGUUCUAAUUUUAGAAAAGUCUGUUUUUCUAAAUUCUAAAACUUUUGUUUUUGUGUGGUGUGACUCAGUCACUGUUCUUAUAUUAAACCACACUGACUGAUGAUCACUGGAUCCUAAACUUUUACCUACAGUAAUAUCUGAUACCAAAUCUCCAUUUGUUAACACUAAAUCUAGUAUGGCCUCUUUACGAGUUGGCUCCUCAACAACUUGUUUUAGAGACAAUCCCAGUAGGGAGUUUAGAAUAUGUGUGCUCCUGGCACAAGUAGCUAAUUUUGUUUUCCAAUUUACAUCAGGAAGAUUAAAGUCACCCAUGAUGAUAACUUCCCCUUCAUUGUCAUUUUAGCUAUUUCCUCAACUAGUAGAUUAUCUAACUCUUCAAUUUGUCCUGGGGGCCUAUAAAUCACACCUACACGAGUUACUGUGUGAUUACCAAAUUCUAACGUAACCCAAAUGGACUCACUAACUUUUAUUAGGCUAGAUUUUAUGCUAUCCUUCACAUACAAGGCCACCCCCCCCCUUUCUUGCCUUCCCUAUCUUUUCUAUAUAAAGAGUACCCUAGUAUUGCUAUGUUCCAGUCAUUUUUCUCAUUAUACCAUGUCUCAGUAACAGCGACUAAAUCUACACUAUCAGUUGCCAUUAUUGCCGCAAGUUCAUGGAUCUUAUUUCCUAAACUGCGAGCAUUUGUAGACAUGACUCUAAGCUUAUCAUUUUUUUUAACACACUUGUUACAGGCACCUUCUGUCCUUGUUUUGGGGGACAAUUGGUUUGAUGUUUUAUCACCCUUUUGCCCCCCCCCGCCCCACUCCUAGUUUAAAUACAUCCUAGAAAAACCUCUGAACUGCUCACUGAGAACAUUUGUUCCCUUUUGAGAAAGAUGCAAACCAUCUUUUUUGUACAGCUUAUCUCCAUUCCAAAAAGAGCUACCAUGAGAAAUAAAGCCAAAUCCUUGCUCCCGACAUCAUUCACCAAGCCACAAAUUAAAGUCCCUAAUACGCAUCCGCCUGUCGUUCUGAGUGUUAUGCACAGGCAGAACUUCAGAGAAUGACAGUGUGGAAGCAACUUGCUGUAUAUCAUUGGCAAAAACACUAAAAACUUCCUUAACCUCUGAAACCUCAUUGCAAGCCAAGUCAUUUGUCCCUAGAUGGACAAGUACAUGCAAUUCCCCUUCCUGCUUUGCUUGCUUAACAAUAUUACAGAUACGUCUCCUGUCUCUGUGAGCAGUAGCUCUGGGAAGGCACCUCACAAGACCACCAUUGUCCAUCUCCACACCUAUAAUUGAAUCCCCCAACAACAACUGCUUUCUAUUAGGCCUCACCAUAGUCUCCAAGCCGGUCUCCACAACACCACUAGCCUCAGUGCCUCUCUCCACAACACCACUAGCCUCAGUGCCUCUCUCCACAACACCACUAGCCUCAGUGCCUCUCUCCACAAUACCACUAGCCUCAGUGCCUCUCUCCACAACACCCUAGCCUCAGUGCCUCUCUCCACAACACCACUAGCCUCAGUGCCUCUCCACAACACCACUCCUCAGUGCCUCUCUCCACAACACCAUUACACUCUGAAAGUGCAGAAAAUGAAUUAUGUAGAGCAACAGACUGUGCAAAAUGCCUUUUAUCCACAACUCUAAGUCUACCAGAUCCUACAGUAAUCCAUCUGCCAUUCCUAGUAUGUCUCUGCGGCAGUGGCUUUGCAGCAGUUCCAGUCUGAGUUUGUUCACCAGAUAAUUUACAAAUCUCAGACUUCAAAAAUACAAUCUCCUGCCACAAGAUAGAGAACUGUCUACAGAUUAGACAACAACCAAACCUCCAAAAAGUGGAACGUGAAACAAAUGCAUAGCAACUAUUACACUGAACUAAGUCUGCCAUUCCAAUGAGGAGAAUAAUUUAAAUCAAACAAAUCUUAACUUUGUAUUUAUCCUCCUGAAUACCUCAGAUUACCUCCAGUUUAUCUCCAGAAUAUCUCCAACUACACACUUAGAAACAGCACUUAGAAGUAGCAACCAAGCUAUAUUAGCCAAGCUAAUGACAACAGCCCUAGAAAUCCAGAUCCUCCCGACUACUCCCAAUACGACUCUUCGGAUGUGUCUAUGGAGGAGACAUACAGGAAGAGGUCAUCUUCCUCGGAUGAGGAAAAACAGCACGCUCCUGACACUUUGGACCCAACCGAAGUGGAUCACUUAAUUUUCAGGCAUGAAGGAACCUUCAAGAGAAGAGCCUUCUACAUCCAGUCGAUACUUUUCUGACCUCAGAAAAAAGAGGGUUACUUUCCCGGUUCAUGAGGCGAUUAAGGGCAUCAUUAUGGAAGAAUGGUCCAAAACAGAGAGGAAACUUCCCAAUCGGGGGAGAAUUUCUCGCCUUUACCCUUUUGACAAAAAGGACGCAGGCCACUGGGAAUCAGCCCCUAACGUGGAUGCAGCGGUGGUAAGACUGGCCAAGCACCCCACAUUGCCAGUGGAUAAUGCAGGAUCUCUAAGAGACUCCAUGGAUAAGAAGAUGGACUCUAACCUGUCCAGGGCCUAUGUGGCAGCAGGCACAGGCCUCCACCACGCGGUAGCCCUUACCUCGGUCUCCAGAGCUUUUAAGAUCUGGCUGGAAGGCUUGGAGGAGGACAUCAAAGAGGACAGAAGCAGAUCUAACCUCAUGGGCAGUCUACAAGACAUUAAGCUGGCCGUAGAUUUCACUACUGAAGCCUUAGUGGAUAUGGUUAAAGCAGUGGCCAGGAACAUGGCAUUUUCCAUCUCAGCUAGAAGGGCUUUGUGGCUCAGAUCUUGGUCAGCAGAUGCUUCAUCUAAGAAUAGCCUCUGCUCGUUACCGUUCUAUGGAGACAUGCUCUUUGGUAAGAACCUGGAUGAUUGCAUUAAGAAAGCAGCAGAUGGCAAGAAUGCUUUUUUACCUCAGGAUCAUUGGCCUUAGAGAUCUUAAGACCUUCAGAUCAAUCUUCCUUUCGGGACUUCAAAUCCUACAGACCAAGUAGAGAAUAUGGAAGAUCCCAGCCUUGGAGAGGGGGACAGUCUUCAGUCAGGGAAGGAAGAUCCAGAGGCUCAGCAUUCAGCAGGAACAUGAGAGCUUUAUGAUGGGUUGAUCUUCCAGCCUGGAGGGGUAGGAGCACGCCUCCUCCUAUUCCAAAAGAGAUGGGAGUCUUCUACCAAAGACAAGUGGGUACUGGACAUCAUCAAAAAGAGGAUAUCUUCUGGAAUUCAGAGAUGCCCCACCUCGAUGGGGAUGGCCUGGAGACAGAGACAAGAGAUUGGCUCUUCUGGAGUUUAUUUCUUCCCUACAGCAAAAAGGUGUCAUUAUGGAGGUUCCAAAGGAGGAAAGAACACACGGGUUUUAUUCUCACCUAUUCCUCACAAAGAAGUCCUCAGGAGCAUGGAGACCCAUUCUAGAUCUUCACACUCUCAACAAGCGAUUGAACGUAAGAAGAUUCAGAAUGGAGUCGCUUCAGUCCAUCAUCAAAGCAGUCUUUCCAGGGCAAUGGCUGAUGUUUGUAAAUCUGCAAGAUGCCUACUUCCAUGUUCUGAUCACUCAACUGCAUCAAAGAUAUCUGAGAUUUGCAGUAGAAGGAGGGCACUUCAAGUUCCGAGCCCUUCCCUUUGGCCUCAGUACGGCUCCUCGCACUUUCUCAAAGAUCCUGGUGAUCCUGGUCGCAGAAUUAAGAAAGAGGGGCAUUGCCAUUAUCUGGACGACAUCCAGGUGCUGUCAGAGGACAGGUACACUCUCAAGCAACAUUGACAGAUUUGCAUUUAGUUCCUGCAGGAACACGGCUGGAAGAUAAAUGGAGAAAAGAGUCAUCUUAUUCCUUCAGAGUCCAUGCUUUAUCUAGGAGCCCUGUUCAACACUGCACUGGGGACAGUUCAGCUCUCAAGAGAAGGAGGAGUAAAGCUCAUCAGGAAGGUGAGGGAGAUACGACAAGUCAAGGUCGCCAUGGCAGAGAAAGUCAUGAGCCUACUAGGAUCCAUUUCACCAACCAACCAUAGGCUUGACAAGAGGGGCGCAAUGGAGAAUGAGAGCACUCAAGAGGAAUUUUCUUUCCCAAUACAGAGGGAAGAAUCUACUCCAGCCCAUCAGGAUUUCCACCCCGGUCCAUCUAAGCCUGGCAUGGUGGAUGAACAAGAAGGCUCUGUUCUCAGGGUUCCCCCUGGGGAACAUUCCCUGGAUUACUAUAACGACAGACGCCAGUCACUGGGGUUGGGGAGCCUACCUUCAGAACAAGGUCACCAUGGGGAAGUGGGAGUUUCAUGCACACGAGACUCACUCAAAACUUCUGGAACUUCUGGCAGUUUUCAGAGCUCUGAAACACUUUCAGCACUUACUACAGCACAAGUGGGUGAAGGUGAGAAUGGACAAUGCUACAGUAGUAGCACAUAUCAAUCAUCAAGGAGGUACCCGAAGUCACAGUAUGGUAAGGUUGAUGAUUCCCCUGAUGUCUUGGUCACAGAAGAACCUUGCGGGGCUAGUGGCGAUUCAUCUGCCAGGAGUGCAGAAUACAGUAGCAGACUUCCUCAGCAGGGUAAGAAUAGACCCAGAAGAGUGGAGCCUCUCAGACAAAGUCUUCAAGGAUAUUGUGAAGAACUGGGGUCUUCCUCAGAUAGACAUCAUGGCCACCAACAACAGCAACAAGAAGCUCCAGGGAUUCUUCUCAAGGGGUCACGAAAUGCAGGCUCGGGAGAGGGAUGCCCUAUCAUGCAGGUGGGAGUUCACAAAGGGGUAUGCAUUUCCGUCGUCUCCCCUCAUAUUUCCUCUACUAAGAAGGAUUCGGUAGGAACCAGUUUUCAUGAUCCUGAUUGCCCCAUUCUGGCCUCGCUGGCCUUGGUUCCCUCUUCUUAUGAGCCUCUGUCAGGAACCUCUGUGGGAUCUUCCAGCAGUUCCUUCUCUUCUGCACCAGGGUCCUAUCCUACACCCAGACCUAGCAUCACUCAACCUGAAGACCUGGAGGUUGAAAGGGAAAGGCUUCUAGAGAAAGGUUUCUCGGCUGCAGUCACAGAUACCCUGUUACAGGCUCGGAAGCGGUCCACUUCCUCUACCUACUAUAGAAUUUGGGACGCUUUUUCUUCCUGGGCCUCUCCUAAGCAGGUUAACAUAGAGCAUCCUGCUAUUAAAGACAUCUUGGAGUUUCUACAAAGAGGUCUGGAUAAGGGUUUGAGCUACAAUACCUUAAAGGUACACAUCUCCGCUCUUUCAGCUCUCACUGACCACAAAUGGGCCUUUAAUCCAGAUGUAUCCAGGUUUCUUGCUGCAGUCCUCAAGAUUAAACCUCUGAUCAAGCCAUUUGCUCCCCCAUGGGAUCUACCUCUGGUAUUACAAGCCAUGAAGUCAGCUCCUUUCGAACCCUUGGAGUCCAUCUCUCCUCAUCUUAUUACCAUCAAGACCGUUUUGCUGGUGGCGUUAGCAUCAGGGAGAAGGGUUUCGGAGCUCAGUGCCUUAUCAGUCAAAGAGCCUUUCAUGGUGUUUCACAGAGACAAGGUGAUUCUAAGAACCAUUCCCGAACUUCGCCCUAAGGUAACCACGGCCUUUCAUGUUAAUGAAGACAUAGUGCUUCUAGCCCUGACGCAAGAAGAACAUUCCCAAGAAGGAGGUUCCUCUCCGCUGCAUUUGGUAAGAUGUUUAAGAAUCUAUAUUGACAGAUCUCUUGGCUGGUGUUCGUCAGAUCAGCUAUUCAUCAUCCCGAAUGGGGCUAGGAAAGGUCGCCAAGCUUCUAAAGAGGCUGUGAGCAGAUGGAUUGUCCCCACUAUCAUUCAGGCUUACCGUACCAGUGGGGUUCCGGUACCUAGCGGUCUAAAGGCUCACUCGACCAGGCCCCUUUCCUCCUCUUGGGCAGCCGCAGCGAGAGUAUCUCCAGAGCUUAUCUGCAGAGCAGCUACAUGGUCUUCGGUGAACACCUUUAUUCGACAUUAUCAAAUAGAUGGCAGAGCUGGUCAAUGGGACAAGUUUGGUAAAAGUGUCCUUUCCGCAUCCAACUAAUGUCUUUCUUUUUGUAUGAUUUCACUUAUAGAUGUGCAAAUACACUUUACGCAUUACGAAAUAUUUUGAGUCUGUAUAUUCUUUUCCCUCCCUUGGUUUUGCUUGGGUAUUACCCAUUGUUGUGCUGCCAUGGAUAUGGCCAGGAAAGAGGAAAAUGUAUUCAUACUUACUGUAAUUUUCUUUUCCUGGUCAUAGGCCAUGGCAGCACAAAGAUCGCGCCCAGGGAUUUUUGCUGGAAUACAAGACUGAGGGUAGGAGGGGGUACUUAUACCCUUGUUUUAAUUAGUUCCUGUAUAACUAGGGAUGGGGAGGAGCUACCCAUUGUUGUGCUGCCAUGGCCUAUGACCAGGAAAAGAAAAUUACAGUAAGUAUUAAUACAUUUUCCUCUCUCUAUAUAUAUAUAUAUAAACACACACAUACAUACACACAUAUUUUAUAUAAUAAAAAGAGAUACUGGUAUAUAAGCGCUAAAUAGACAAUGAACGAGGGGAGAAUUUUUUUUUUUUGAAAACUCCUCCCCACCACCUUGUGAUUAUGUGUACCCUAUAUAGAGGGUUUUAAAAGGUAAUCCAGCUGUUGCACACCUGUGUACUACCCAAAUUACACACACACAGAUAUAGAAACUAAAAUAUAUACUUAUACUGGUGGAGCGCUUGUAAAUUUAGGGACCCCAAUAGUCUUGAGAUCACUCUGGCUCAGAAUCACAUGAAACAAUAAAUACUCAUACAACUGCACUCUGACCAAGUUGCAGUGAAGACAAGAAAAACAGAAUAAAAUAAAACAAUAAAAUGAAAUGAGCCUCUUACGAAAGAAAAGUAGUGAGUAUUUGCAGUAUAGUGCUGCUACUCACACACGCCUUUGGUUCUCAUAGGAACACCCAGCAGACAAUACAGCCGGUUGCAGUACCCGAAAUCCUCCAUGGAUAGUUGUUCAGCUGGCUCUUGCAGUAUGCCGGGUCUGUUGUAGGUUUUUUGCUAGAGUGUCCAAACCAAGGCUGCUAUGAAUCUCGCGGGUUCCGAGGAAACUCUGCCCACUCGAAGUAGCGUCACCGCGUAGCUGUUGUUGCUACGUCACCGCGUAGCUGUCGUUGUUACGUCACCACGUCUACGCGUUUCGCUGAUAGGCUUUAUCAGGACGUCAGUGGUGAUGACCUCACUCCGUGCAUGUUCACUUAACGUCUUGUCUGUUAUGCUGAAGUUUAGUUUUACUAGCCCUGUAUUUAAAUGUUUUAAUGACCUACAUGAAUACCUCUAUUUCUCCUCUCAUCAAACUAUACUUUUUUCCCCUCACUGUAUCUUCUAAACACCUCUCUUAUUUGGUACCCUUAAAUAUGGCAAUCCCACAAGGGUACCAAUUUAGGGAAUUAUCUACUGCAAGGUGCAGCCAUGGCACAGACCGGAAUUAAAUUUGUCUGAAUUAAAUUCCAAAACAAAAAUUAUGUCAGAAUUGUAUCCGAAAAUGAAUCAACAAACAAACGAAAUUCAGUUCAUGCAAAACAAAAUUUAGUUUUUUUGUCUGAUUACAUUUGAAAAUUUCAGUGACUCCCAAGUCUAAUAUGUAUGUGGAAGAAUAUGGCAUGUUUUAUGUAUGGUUGUAGCAGAUGCUUUGUGAGCUUGUAUUUAUGUGUAUGUACUGUAUGUUGAAUAAACAACAUAAAUGGAAAAAGGAAAAUUUUAAAAAGACAAAAUAGAUUUUACACCAUCAAGUGAUUAACCCCUUAAGGACGGGGGACAUGCUACGCCGUCCUUAGGGAACUGUCUCUAAACGCUGGAAGGCGGUGUGGUGUAUUACCAAAUUCUAUAAAUUAUUAUGUACGCAUACACAUAUAAACUCUGGUCCGUCUACUUUAACAAAUAUUUAUUCAGAGACAAAACAACAACAACAUACAAAUAAUGACACACAAUCUAACUAACUAUACCACCAACAACAGCAACAACAACCUAACUAACAAUAACAACUACAUCUUAUAAAAUCCCACUCACAGUUCACCAUGAUAGAAAUAAGGCCAUGUCUGCUUAAAGGACUGCUCAGUAGCACAGCCAAGAAGGAACAGAGAGGAAUGGAGAAAGGGGAAGUGGUUAUCUCUUUCCUGACUUGUAAAGGUAUUGAAUUACCAAUUAACAUUUCAAAAGGGUAAAGCUUAUCCCACUGUAAGAAAAGCAAACAUGAGCUUGGUCACAUGACCCCUGGUCACCAUAUUAGUUUGAUGACAGAAUGUCACCACAUUCCCUCACUUUUUCUUCUCUUAUGUUGAGCACAUUUAAAAAUAAUAAUUUAUCCCUUCUAUCUAAACUAUGAGAUCUGAAGUAGGAAAGGGGAGCACAGGAAUUAUAGUGAGUGAUAUAAGCAGGGUGAAAGAAAACAGUCAAAUAGGGGUUGCAUCACGCCACAUUCCCCCACUUUUUCUUCUUUUAUGUUGCUCCGUUAUCUAGUUAUCCCUCUAGUACAGGAAAACCUAGUGGGAGCAAAAACCUGAUAUACAGGAGAAAUUCAACCCACCGUCCCUCCGGAAUUGUUCCCUCAGCGACAUAAGUUCUCCUGUACUUUCCUAUGGCUGUCAAUUCACAUGUUAUACAAAGUGUCACAAAAAAACAGAACUUAUAGAAUGUAGGUGAGAGUGUGUGUGUGCAAUGUAAAACUUUAUUGAAGAAUGUGUGUGAGAGAGAGAGAGAGAAACAAAAAAGAAACAAACAAAAAAAAUAUCCCCCUUUUCAAGUUUCUUCCUCAUCUAUUUCAUUGCCACACAAAAGUAUACUAGCGGCAAAGUUUGUAGGACUGGAUGUGGUAUUUGCAGAAUUCCAUACUUUCAAUCCAGUUCCGACUCCUCCCAGUAGAGCUGUAAAUUGUCCCAUUUUUCCUGACACCCUGCUUUGCCUAAAACACUGUCGCCGUUGUUCCGGACACCUUGGAGGAAUAGAAGGAUUAUUAAAAUAUAGACUGUAAACUUUUCCCUUAUUUGGAGUAUCUUCUGGCCGUAUUGCCUGUCUCCCAUCCCUACUGUGAUACAGCGUAUACUUAUCCAUCCUGUAACAAGGAUCCACUACGAUCUUCUGUUGACACACAUCAUCAUCCUAAUACAGCUUUGCCUUGCUCUGUGGGAACACUAGAUCUCAUCAUUAGAAAGGAAUAGCUAAAUGGGAGACUGGAAGACUGAGAGAAAGAACAAAACAAAAGAAAAACAGACAUACAUACGGAUGUAGAGAGCAACACAAAAUUAUGAGUGUUAUUGAUUGCUGGGACCCCCCAAUUGGUCAAUCUUUUCCUCCUCUCUCAACUGUUCCCUCAGCGCUUUCACGUCUGCCUCCAAUCUUUCAGUCUGUCUCUUUAGGUCCCAGUAGUCUCUAUUCCCUUCUUUAUUCCUCCAAUUAUCCCAAUUCCGUCUAUUGGUCUGAUGAUCAUCCCAUCUAUGGUUCCUUCUCCAAUUAUUCUCCCAAUAACUGUUCCUGUUGUUUCUCUGUUUUUCUCCCCAAUUGUGAUUUUCCCAGUUAAUAUCUGUCCUUUUUAGCCUCUCCCAGGUAUUUUUAUUAUUCCAAUAAUUAUUGAUUACCUUAGGCCCCUCCCAUCUAUUCCUCCAGUUAUCUCCCAUUACAUUACUUCCUUUAGAACUGUCCCUAUUCCUAUGGUCCCUCUGUGGAUCUCUCCAUCUUUUGUCAAAGUCCUGUUUUGGUCUCCAGUUCUCAUUAUCCCUCUUGCUCUGGGGUACAUCCCACCUCUGGCUUCUCCAUUUACCAUCUAAAUCUCUACCAGAGUCAACCUUGAAUGUUCUUGUGGAUGAAACAGGGAAGGCCUGUUCUGAGAAAGGAUGCUUGAUCCACCAAUUGUCCGCUCUAGUUAGUACCAUUUCUAAGUCUGCUGGUGUUGGAUCAAAAAGCCUGACAAAUUCUUGACACUCCCAGGGAAGGGCUUCCAUUACUUUAGUAAUAUGUUGUGGUGAGCCCAAGACCAGAGGCUGUUGAGGUUGGCGUAGUGUAUACCAGAACAAUAUCCUUUGAGCUACCUCUCUAGGACCAUCUGCUGGCCUCAUCGUAAUAUUUGCUAUUUCUUUCUCUAUGCUGAGUAGAUAGAAAUUAGUUUCAGCAAUUCUUCCUGCCUGAUCAGACACACUGUUAUUAAAUCCACAUAGUCUGCUAGCCAAAGGACCCAUAGCAUAUUCUAAAAGUUCUGUCCAUUCCUCUAAGUUUAAACCUCCUUUUUUAGCUCUAUUUGCUCCCCUCAUAAACCAGUGUGUAAAAGUAUUAAAGUUGUUAUUUGGCAUACUUCCCCACCAUUUCUGGAAAUUUUCUUUGUCUGUGAUUGACAUAGUGCUUGUCUGUCUAGAGAAACUAGUAGGCAUUUCUCUUGCAUUAAAGUGUUCAGUUAUUAUUAAAGGGGCUUGUGGGACACAGUUAACAACCGGCGCAUUUCCCUUGUGUUUGGUUCUGAGCACUGGUUCUGUACCUUUACAUAUAAAAUGAGACUGACCUGGGCAUACUUUAGGAAUCUCCUUAUCCCAUUUAUUUAUGUUUUCUUUAGUUUUCAUUUUAUAUUCCAUAACUAGGUUUUGGAGUUCAGUGAUCUUAGCACUAUAUUCAUCUCUCUGUUGUUCUGUUUCCUUUAAUUCCUUCUCCAACCCCUCGAUCAUUUUGUUUGUUCUUAGGGCAGCUAUUUUAAAACAAUCUCUUUCAUCAAGAGCAUCUUCCAUUUUAUUAGUGGUUACUAAAUUAGCUUGCUGCAAUUCGAGUACCAUGCUUGCCAAACCCCCUAUUGCAGCAACAACCGCUUGUGCCACCAAGCUUUUCCUUUUCUUAAUAUGGCACUUUUUAUUAGUAACAAUCUGUGUCAAAACAUCCAUGAAACAUUCAUAUUUUCCACAAUUGGGGCCUGCUGGUUCUGGAAGCUCAUAUGGUCCAUCAUGUUUGUCAAUGUCAUUCUUAAAGUACUCUAGUACUUCUGCAGAAAAAUACUUAGUACCUAGAUAUGCCAUUUUAAAACCGAGCUCUCCCUAGGUCUUUAAUCGAAAUAGACCAGCAGACUAAGGAAAAAACAACAACACGCUUUUAACAAUGGGAUUAAUUUAAAAAAACUGAAACUGGCUCCAAAGAGAUUGAACCAUUUGAGAAACUUAAUCACAUUAACCUAUUCAAACAAACUCUUGUCUUUUAAGAAAAAAACUUCACAGUCUCAAUACAACAAAUGCCCACAGGCAGCAAAACACAAAACCACCCUUCUGUCUUUGUUUAAGUGCAGUAUGGGGGGUCUACAAAUAAACAGAAUGAUUUAAAGGAAGGUAUGGGAACUGGAAAAUACCUGACUGUAACUUCAGCACAAUAAUUCCCAACCAUAUAACAAUCUAACAUAGGCACCUUUACCUCAAAUACAAACUGUUCAUUUUCUAUUAAACACACUCCAGUGUAAAAAUGUAGCCUGGCUAAACAAUAGCCACCACACUGUAUUAGCCCCAAUACCUUUAUCAUGUAAACACAAUGCUCCUACCCAGAAUUCAAUGGUUCAAACAGACAAAAGAUAAUCCCCCCAAAAAACAGUUUGCUAUUUAAACUUAGAAUGCAGGGAAGCCACAAAAUGUAUAAAAUGUAACAUCUAAAAACAAUUACAAUAUAUUCAGUUUAGUUCUAGUUAGUUGCAACAGGAAAGAGACAAUACAGCACAUGGGCUAUUAAAAAUGGCCGAAACAUCAAUAGUACCAAUGCAGUGCAACUAUUCAAUCUUUCCCUUUAAUCACCAAUACUUUAAAAAUACUAGGCCUGAGCUAUGGUAGUCAAAACACAACAAACUCAGGUAUUUGAAACACACAAAAAAACUAAUAUAUUCAAAAUUGAGGCCUGAUGCCCAAGCUUGUAAAUUAAAAUGGAGGCCCAAACUAGACUCCACACACAAUCAGUCCCUGAUUUCCCAUGCAGAGGAUAAUUAAACAAAGUACUUUUUUCUUUUUUCUCCCCCAAAAAAUAAAUCUGACUAUCUAUUACUGUGUUAUUACCACAUAAAUAACCUUUGUAGAAGUCUAAAAUUCGUGGUCGCCAAAUGUGGUGUAUUACCAAAUUAAUAUAUAUACUACACAAGGUUCGUCUACAUUAAAAGGUAUUUAUUAAAAGGCAACAACACAAUACUAUAAAUGUAUCACAAACACACAGCCCAGACCCACGGAGCAACAACCCUUUUUAAAUCUAUCUAUGUAUAUAGUAACCCCUUACACACACGCUUGAUCUCACCCACGGUUAGGCCUUCACAUCUAGUAAUGGCUCACUGCUGCAAGUUCAACAUCACAUCCACCAAGGAAGAAAAGGAAGCAACAGAGUGUAACAUGGUCCACCAUGCUAGCCCAUGGCGUCUGCACAUCUGCUCUGUAGCACAGCCAAGAAGGAACAGAGAGGAAUGGAGAAAGGGGGAAGUGGUUAUCUCUUUCCUGACUUGUAAAGGUAUUGAAUUACCAAUUAACAUUUCAAAAGGGUAAAGCUUAUCCCACUGUAAGAAAAGCAAACAUGAGCUUGGUCACAUGACCCCUGGUCACCAUAUUAGUUUGAUGACAGAAUGUCACCACAGGCGGUAUAGCACGUUCCCGCCGUCCAGGGUACUUACCCGGUCGCCGACGAUCCCACGCAUGUGAACGCAGUGCGGGGACUCACCUGGAAGCCCAGGGAAUCCCCCUCCGUCCUCUUCGGCCCCCUCUUCAGUGAUCCCUGAUCACAUGGACAGGGGAGUGCCUGUAAUGACACGUACUCCCCCUGCUGUUAUGGGCAAAUGCAAAUAUUACAAGUUUUAGAAUGAAAUGUUGUAUUUCUUAAACUGUGUACUUUGUCUUUAAGAGAUAUUGCAAAAUGACAAGGUGUUAGAAAUGGAACAUUUUGUUUUUCAUAGAUGUUUCUUUAAGCAAUAACCUCUUACCUACCUUCAGUGCAUAUUAUGUUUAAGCCAUUUUGUCCCAGACGAAUUACAAUAACAAUAAUGCAUAAACAAGCUUUAAGGCUAUGCUACGACUCUUUCAGUACACAAUAUACUGUGGUAACCCUAAGUAGAUAAAGAUGUUCAGACUUUAAGAUGCCAUCUUGAACUAAGUCAGGAAAAUUUCCAUGACGUAUACAUGGCUCACAGUGGAUACUGUGCCAGUUCACAGUGCCACUCAUAUCUGGUGUCAUAAUAGCUUGCAUUUAAAAACAAAAAACUUUUUUCACUGUUAUAGAUUGAAUAGCAGUUAGUUGUCUCAAAGCGGGUGUGUCAGCCCUACAGCGUGUACUCUGCCAGUUCACAGUGCCACUCUUAUCUGGUGUCACAAUAGCGUGCAUUUAAAAACCAAAAAACUUUUUUCACUGUUAUAGAUUGAACAGCAGUUAGUUGUCUGCAAGCGUCUGUGUGUCAGGCUCACAGUGGAUACUGUGCCCAGUGCCACCACUCACUCACUGGUGUCACAAUAGCUUGCAUUUAAAACAAAAAACUUUUUUCACUGUUAUAUUUUGAAUAGCAGUUAGUUGUCUCAAAGCGGGUGUGUCAGGCUCACAGUGGAUACUGUGCCCAGUGCCACCACUCACUCACUGGUGUCACAAUAGCUGCCCAGUGCCACCACUCACUCACUGGUGUCACAAUAGCGUGCAUUUAAAAACCAAAAAACUUUUUUCACUGUUAUAGAUUGAAUAGCAGUUAGUUGUCUCAAAGUGGGUGUGUCAGGCUCACAGUGGAUACUGUGCCCAGUGCCACCACUCACUCACUGGUGUCACAAUAGCUUGCAUUUAAAACCAAAAAACUUUUUUCACUGUUAUAUUUUGAAUAGCAGUUAGUUGUCUCAAAGCAGGUGUGUCAGGCUCACAGUGGAUACUGUGCCCAGUGCCACCACUCACUCACUGGUGUCACAAUAGCUGCCCAGUGCCACCACUCACUCACUGGUGUCACAAUAGCGUGCAUUUAAAAACCAAAAAACUUUUUUCACUGUUGUAGAUUGAAAGGUCCUAAAAUGAAUAAAGUAAAAGAAGUGUUACUUUUAUAUAUAUGAACUAUGGUAACCCUAAAAUGGAGACACCUAAGGUAUAAAUAGGUGUACUUUUAAAUGUUGAGAGAGGAGGGACUUGGAGACAGACGCUGCUCCAUCUUAAAAUUACAGAGUGGCUGACAUGAUGACAUGUUCAGGAGGGUAUGUUAACCUAUUAAUGAUAUUUGCAAGCAUUUAGUUUAAUCUUAUAAACUGCUAUAAAUUGUUGCAAUGGAUUUUAUAUGUCUAUAUCUAUAUUUUUAUAUAAUAAAUAUCUAAAAGACAACAUUGCUUCCAAGACAAUCCUUGUUUUAUAUUGUAUUCUCAAUUAUUUAUAUAUGUCAAAUAGAGGAUCUCUUACACUAACUAUAUAAAAUUGGCUAAGAUAUCUGUAUGGUUAGCCCUGCUAAGUUCUAUGCUUUAAGACGUUAUAGUGGGAAAUAAGGGAACCAGCCACGGUUACACUGCUGCCUGAAAAAAAAAAAAAAAUACAGUUUAAAACAGGGUAAAAUUAAAUAAUAUAUACAUAAAUCAUAUAUAUAUAUUUAUUAAGUACACAUAUACAUACAUACACAUAAAUACACAUACACUGUCUACGUGUAUUUUAAUAUUAAUAUAUAUAAGUAUAUAUAUAUAUAUAUAUAUAUAUAUAUUAAUAUCAGAGUACACGUAGAAUUAUAUUGAUUAAAUAUAUAUAUUUUUAUAUAUAUAUUUAUAUAUAAUAUAAAAUAAAUAAAUAUGUAAAUACAUAAAAAAAUAAAAUUAAAAUAAUAAUACAAAAUAAAUAAAUAAUUUCGUUCUAACUAUUUUAAAAUUAAUAUAUAUAUAUUGAUAUCAAAAUACACGUAGAACAAAAUAAUAUAUAUAUAUCUAUAUACAUAAGUAUAUUCGUAUAUAUAUCACUAUAUAUAUAUAUAUAUAUAUACACAUAUAUAUAUAUAAAUAAAAAUAAUUUUAAACAAUUAUAUAUAUAUAUAUAUAUAUAUAUAUAUAUAUAUACACACACAUGUAUAUAUAUAUAAUAAUUCUACAUAUAUAUUUAUGUAACUUUCCAAGACACCAUAAAACCUGUACAUGGGGGGUACUGUUUUACUCCAAAGACUUCGCUGAACACAAAUAUUAGUGUUUCAAAACAGUAAUAUAUAUUACAACGAUAAUAUUGUCAGUACAAUUGAAUUUUUUUGCAUUUUUCACACACAAAUGGCACUUACAUGGACGAUAUAAUUGUUGUGAUACAUUUUACUGUUUUGAAACACUAAUAUUUGUGUUCAGCGAAGUCUCCUGAGUAUAACAGUACCCCCCCAUGUACAGGUUUUAUUGUGUUUUCAAAACAUUAGAUUGCCUGCAGGGAGCUCUAGAUCUAACCUGAACAACUACAUUAAGCUGUAGUUGUUCAGGUGACUAUAAUGUCCCUUUAAGGUAAAGCUGACUCUGCAGACUGUGCAAGUGCUCUUACUUCGGUUUCUCUAACACUGUGGCGUGUCCCCUUUCUACUACACUCGCUACAUCCACCGUUUCUCUAUGCCAGACUUUAUACCAGAAGCUUCUGCCUGAUAGUCAGACAGUAAAGUGAGGAGUGGAUACGUAAGUGCUUCUUUUUUACCAUUAAAAAAUAAUUCACUGCUUGCAGUAUUUAUUUUUUAAGUUCUAUUAUAUCUAAACAUAUUGUGCUUUUUAACAUUCAGGACUAAUUAGUAAAUAUAUUUUGAUAAAGUUUUCUUUUGUUGCACUUGGUGUAAAAAUUCUUAAACGUGAAACUGACAAAAAAAGUGUUUUUUACAUUUUUUUUCCACAUUUUAAAAAUAUUUUAUUCUAUUUAGUAUUGUUAUGUAUACAUGUAGGCUAUCAAGAAAGAAGAAAAAGAAAGUCCUAUUUCUGUAAUUAUAUGUAAUAUGUAUGGGUGGACUUUGGAGGAAAUUGUCACAGAAUGAACAUAAGGCAAAAGUGCAAAAAAGGCCUUCGUCAUAAAUGUUUGCAUCUCAAAAAAGCCUUGUUUCUAAAGGGGUUAAGCCAGCGGUUCCUAAACUGUCAGGCACACAGGGGCGCCGCAAGAUAUUUUCCCGGUGCUAUUAUCAUAGCACCAGUAACUGUGCCUCCCUCUCCCCUAACGGCUCUGCAGGACCAGAGGGAAGAUCAGAGAUAUUCCUCAUCGGCCCCCUAGCAGUGUAAUGCUGGUAGCCGGCAGGGGAGGCAGCCCCGCCGGGUUCUCCUCUCGUGAGCUCAGAGUGUUGCCGCGGUUACCAUGUGAAUGUGAAUCUCGCGAGAGUGAACUCUAGCCUCUCACCACUGGGACCACCAGGGCUUUUCCACCGGACCACUGUCCCCACUCCCAGGAAAAAGUAAGAAGGGGGGAGGAUUUGAAAAUGAUUGUGUUUUUUUUUUUUUUAAAUAAAAAAAAAUAAAAAUAUAUAUUUAUUAAUCUUCCCUCCCAUCCCCACAUAACUCCCCCCCAUACGCACAUACUGCCCCCCCACACGCACUCUUCUCCCCCACACACACUGUACUCCUCACACAAAGUGCCCCCUCACACACUGCCCCCCUGCACACACUGCACCACAUACACACUGCACCCCCCCACACACACUGCCCUGCAUACAUACACACACACACACUGUACCCCUCACACACUCUGCUCCCCCCACACACUGUACCUCUCACAUAAACUACCCCUCACACCCUCUGCACCCCCACACACUGUACCUCUCACACAAACUACCCCUCACACAAACUUCCCCCCCACACUGUACCCAUCACGCACACACUGCACAACAUGCACACUGCACCCCAAUACCUGCACACUGUACCCCAAUACACAUACACUGCAUCACGCACACACUGCCCCACACACUAUGCACAACUCUCACACACACUUUACCCCCCCACACACACAUUACAUCCAUCACAAACACAAUGCGUCCCCAUACACACACACACACUGCACCCCCCCACACACACACAUACACACUUCACCCCUCACACACACAACUGUCCAUUUCCCUUACUACUGCCCUUAUCCUGGCAGAUCCUAGGUAAGUUGUCAAACAGUUUGACUACUUAUCCUGGGAGGGCACCAUGGCACUCCUGACACCAUAACCACUUCAGAGUGCCGUAGUGGUUAUUGUGCCUUGUUUGUUUCUUUAAGUAAUCUACCAGUGCCCCUCCCAAGAUUAGGUUCUGGAUCCGCCCCUGACCGGAAAACAUUUCUGCUGAACAGGGGUCCAGUAUAUUAUUUAUUUAUUUAUAAAAUAUUUUACCAGGAAAGAUACAUUGAGAUUUCUGUUGUUUUUAAGUAUGUCCUGGGUCCACAAAACAUUGCAUUGUUACAAUAGGAUACAAUAUUACAAAAAUACAAUAUACAAGCUAUAUAUAUAUAUAUAUAUAUAUAUAUAUGUAUAUACAUGCAUACACAUACACACAUAUAUAAAUUUAAUACAUAACAGGUAAUAAAUAUAUACAACCAUGACAGGUGCAUUCUGUGCUGAGGUAUAUUGCCAUAGAGCUCUUAAAAGAUUUUAGAUUGGAUGAAGAUUUGACUGUGUCCCUGAGGUUAUUCCAUAAUUGCGGUGCUCUGUAGGAAAAGUACAUAUAUACUACCUAGAAAUUUUUUUGACUUGGGGCGCCUUGGAAAAAUAUUGAAAUAUAAAGGGUGCCUUGAACCUAAAAAGUUUGGGAAACAACUGGGUUAAGCUAAUUAUACAACUUACGUUCUCUUUUUGUAAUAUUCUAGCACCCUAAUUAAGAUUGUUAGAUAGCCAGUUUAAAUGUGGGGCUCAACACAAUUAUUCUGUUAUUUUGUCUUAUUUGUCAGAUUGAACAAUGAAGCUCCUCGGAAGACCGCACCAUGAGGGAAGAAUAGCAAGUACCUACAUGUGGAAAAUAAACAAGCGCAAUCAUAUAUGAAAUAAAAGUGAUAUAUGAUAUGUAAAUUAAUGUUGUCCGCAUACCUUUUUUUUAAAUCACAUGCUAUUAAUGGAAAUUAUAUGAACUAGUCAUUGAAUAGGCUGAACAUAGAACUGCUGUAGCCUAUCACAGAAUGUUCUGUAAUAUAUAAUCCUCACAAUUCUCCUGCCAAUAUGUCUAACAUGCAAGUUUGCUUAGAGUUCUAAAAUGUGAAGCACCCAGAUUGAAAUGACAACGCAAAUAUGGUAAAAUUAUUUAGCUUAAAAACAUAAAUCAAUUCAGC